CGUACUCUCCCUCCCAUCCAAAGACCCUUCCACAACCAUGGCGGGGUGGUUCAGCAAUAUGAACCUUGACCAGAUCGGUGCCCAGGUGACCGGACUCACGCAGAGCCUUGGCGAGAGUGCAGCAAAAAUGGGCGAGGACCUGCAGCAGAAAGUCAACACGUUAGCUGCUUUUGAUCUCGAGGAAAUUAAUAAGGCCAUCCAGAACGCUGAAGAUGAUAUCACAUCGAAGGAAGCGAAAAUUCAGCAAGAGGACGCUGGCCUGAAGCAAGCAGAGAUUAAGAUCUUGCCGUGGGAGACGCGAAUCGAAAAAAUGGCCAUACUCAGUCAUGGCCUGAUGGAAAAGAUCCUGUCUUUGUCGCUGGAGGAGAGCAACUUCACGACGCCCCCGCUUGAGUCUGGAACGAAGCCGGAGGAGAUCUCCGAGGAUAGCGCUCUGCAGGGCAACGGGGGUGCAGACGACGACCGAAACGGCGCUGCCGCGUUUCAGCUCGAUCGACAUACCAGCGUCGCCAUCAAGAUGUUGUCCCUAGAUCCAAAUUUGGCCAAGAUCCACGCCCGUCUCAUUUCCCGAAUGCCGGAGAGAACAUUUUGGUACCACUAUUUCUCGCGGGUAGCUACCCUUCGAGCAGAGGUGGACCUGGAGCCGCUGUGUGAAGAUUUGAGCAAGGAACAUCCCGAGACUACAACGAGCGAAGAGUACGACAAAAUCAGUCACGGGGACGUGCAGAGCAUGACGUCACCGUCUGAGCUGGCCAACGAGACGGAUCACAAGCGGGUUGGCGACAAAGACAAGACCAACGACGACGACAACGACGAUGACGAAUAUUCGGAUCUCGGAGACCUGGAUGAUCUGGACGACGGUGCUAGUGACACCAGCAUCGACGCGGCCUUGGAAGCAGAAAUUGCUGCGGAGCUUGGAGAAGGCUAAGACGAGGCGGCAUUACCUAGUAGCGAAAAGUUCUGUGUACACCCCCCCCAAGAACCUGCCCAUGUAUGUUGUACAUAUAGCUCGGGGCAAGGUGUUCGGUAUUCAAUUGCAGUGUAUCGUGUUGUAUCCAAGCAGCUGGUUGUGCAGCUGUAAAACCUUGAGUGAGUAUUGUCUAAAUGCGCCAUUAAUUUUAGGUCUUGAUCUUAAGAGCUUGUUGUUCCUUUUUAUAGACCGUCUACAUGUCGCCACACGCACUACUGCAGGCGUUGCUUAAACUUGCGUCCUGAGCCCUUCGCACAUGGGCCACACGGAAGAGUAUCACACGAACAGCUGAACUGGGCACGACACCCCGAUACGGGGUAGCGACGUAGCAAGUGAUUUUCGUCCUACAUGUUGACAACAUGUUCACUGCUGUUUUGUACUUUCGGGCUGACUGCGGCCGCUGUGAGCCUGCGAGACGAGUUGUUUUGUUUUUCUGCAAUGCAUUGUAUGGUGCGGGUUGAGGACGAUUGCGGCGUAAAGAUCGAUUGUUUUCGCAGCGAGCGCGCGCUCAUGGAUAUCCAUCCAUAUUCCGAUCCGUUUAGGAUUGGUUUCAGCUCCGGAAAAAAAAAACUAUUUAUAAGGAAAAGUG